AUGAAUUGCGACCUCGACUACGGUGGUGCUCAAGGACGUAUAGGUGUGCUGCCAGGCGUGAGCGGUGGCGGGGAGGCGCGGGCCGAGCGACCGUACUUCGACGACGUGUCACCUCGCAACGUGUCUACAGUGGUGGGUCAGUCAGCUGUGCUCAGGUGCCGGGCGAAGCAUAUAGGGAAUAGAACGGUGUCAUGGAUGAGGAAAAGAGAUCUGCACAUACUGACGUCGCACAUCUUUACCUACACGGGAGACGCGAGGUUCAGCGUGCUCCACCCUGAACCAUCUGACGACUGGGACUUGAAGAUAGAUUACGUUCAGCCUCGAGACGCGGGCGUUUACGAAUGCCAGAUAAAUACUGAACCGAAAAUUAACAUGGCUGUCUUUCUUCAUGUUGAAGAUGAGUCCCACAACCCCGCGCCUCAGCCACCGGUCCGAUCCUCAGCUGCAGCAGCAACCAUCUGGGGCUCUCAGGACGUGUACGUGAAGAAAGGUAGUACGAUUUCAUUGACGUGCUCAGUGAACGUUCACUCGUCGCCUCCAUCGAGUGCAUCCGUUUUAUGGUACCACGGCAAUGCAGUUGUUGACUUCGACUCACCACGCGGUGGUAUCAGCUUGGAGACAGAGAAGACGGAGGGUGGUACCACUAGCAAGCUGCUAGUCACCAAGGCCGCCCUCACAGACUCCGGCAACUACACUUGCGUGCCUAACAAUGCGCACCCUGCUUCUGUUUCCGUUCAUGUACUUAAUGGUGAACAUCCGGCCGCCAUGCAGACAAGUAACCGCGCGUCAUCCUACCUCACUUCACAGUUGAGUUGCGCCGCGUUCACCUACCUCCUCUCGUCUAUGGCCUGCAGAUGA